UUGAGAAAAUGAAGACAUUAUUUUAACAUCCCUGAUUGAAAGUUUCGAUGCAACCCUGGUAACAACGUGCCGCAAUGAAAUUUCUUGUUGAAAAUAUAAAUAAAAAUUCGGGUCGUCUAGGCCUACUUGAUUUAAAAGCAGCUGGCGGUGGUAUUCAGUUAAAGACGCCCCUGCUUAUGCAAACCACAAAAGGCGGCAGUAUUCCAUAUCUCAGUGCCGAUUUGUUUGAGAACUAUGUCCAAAACAAGAAUGGUCAGGAGCCGGUGCCGGUACUGCUACAACUCACAUUAUCGACUAUGCAGCAGAUGGCAGAGUCGCUGGCGCUCUGGCCAGCCAGCUUAAGUCACUAUUUAGGAUUUCCUGGCCAAGGAAAUGUCUUGCUUUUAAGAGAUCCAUGCGAGAGCACGCCCAGUGGAGGCAAUGACCGGGAUGUGGCUCCAAUCUUUACACGGCAAGGCAAGGAAUCGCUGACACCUGAGCGUUAUAUGGAAAUUAUUGCCAGCUUUAAACCAGAUAUCUAUCAAGGACUCUGUGAUGCAGACACUAAUCUGGAAAGUUCUAAAAAGCGCGUUCAAAAGUCUGUAGAUCGAACUGAACGUUUCAUGGACUAUAUUUAUGAGCAGCAUGGAAAACUGCAGUCAACAUCGUCUAGUUUGCUUGCGCCCAUAGUUGGCGGCUACAAUAUCUUUGCCCGCACACAGUCCAUCAAGCAUGCCCGCCAACAACCUGAAGGCAAAUAUAGUGGUUAUAUUCUAGAAGGAUUUCACAACAAUGGGCUGUCGGCUACUGCUUUGGAUGGCAGCCAACUUUUACCCAUUGUGGAGCAUUGUGUCAAGCAAUUGGAAGAGAAUAAAAUAAAAAUGAUGCCAGGAGCUUAUAGUCCUUUGAUUAUACUAGAGCUUAUACACAUAGGAGUAGAUGUCUUUGACACUUCCUAUGCCUAUUGUGCGGCUGUUAAUUUUAAAGCUCUCGUAUUUAAUUACGAUGAGAAGAGCAUAGAACCAAGACCCACUCCAUUUCUAGACAUAACGGAUGAAGCUAUCAAAGAGGAAUUCGUUCCAUUAUUAGAUAACUGCAAGUGCCUGACCUGUCAGAAACAUACCCGUGCUUAUGUACAUCAUUUGUAUAAGACAAACGAACUCCUGGGUCCCAUUUUAUUGAUGAUCCACAAUUUGCAUCAUUUCAUGGGAUUCUUUGAAACCAUCCGCUCCAGCAUUGCCCAGGACAAGUUGCCCAAAUUGAUAGAUUUAGUGUGUAAGCAGAAUGGCGACUCCAAAGUGGAUUAUAGUAUUGAGAAGAAUGUAAAAGUUAUUAGCAAAGCUGUCGUAGGUAAAGGAUUUGAGACUACUACAGAGAGUUAACAAUUUAUCUAUUGACAAAUUUUAGGUUAACCAUUAUAACAAUAAGAAUUAUUAAAUAUAUAUUGUACAAAAGUUAUUCAAAACAAAUAUUUCAUUAAUAUGAUUUUGCUUUAAUUAAAGUAAUUGGAACUACA